UCUACUAAUAAUAAUGAAAAGUAACAAGGCCAACCCUCCACAUAGCUCCGCAGUUGGUGUGGUCCCCGCAGUUGCCCAUAAAUAAUGACUCGAUUGGUGGUUUGAGAUUGUCUCUUUCAUUUUGUUUCUAUCCAUUUCCUGGAGAAGUCUUUGUUAAUUUUCCUUGAAAAUUUGAGUCUUCCCAUAACCUCAUAGUGUCGACAUGGUUUGCGAGAAAGAUCCCUUGGUACAAGAAGUCUGUGAGUUGUAUGAGAAAAUCUCAAGCCUUGAGAAUCUCAAACCUUCCAAGGAUGUCAACAUGCUCUUCACACAACUUGUUGUCACAUGCAUGCCACCAAGCCCGAUUGAUGUUACCAAGCUUUGCAAAAGAAUUCAAGAAAUCAGGUCUAAGUUAAUUCGACUAUGUGGAGAAGCUGAGGGACUCUUGGAGAGCCAUUUCUCAACCAUCUUAGGAUCCUAUGAAAACCCUCUUGACCAUCUCAACAUUUUCCCCUACUAUUCUAACUAUCUUAAGCUUAGCCAACUUGAAUUCGAUAUUCUUAGUAAACACUGCUCAAAUUAUGUCCCUAGCAAAGUUGCCUUUGUGGGUUCUGGUCCCCUUCCCCUCACCUCAAUUGUGUUGGCUUCUUUCCAUCUUACCACCACCUCUUUCCAUAACUAUGAUAUUGACCCUUCAGCCAAUACCAAGGCUCUUCAAUUAGUUUCAUCCGACCCUGACUUUUCUGAACGUAUGUUCUUUCACACCACAGACAUAAUGGAUGUUACGAAUGCUUUGAAAGACUAUGACGUUGUUUUCUUGGCGGCUCUUGUGGGGAUGGACAAGGAUGCGAAAGUUCGAGUCAUUGAUCAUUUGGCAAAGUACAUGGCCCCUGGUGCUCUUUUGAUGCUGAGGAGUGCGCAUGGUGCUAGGGCUUUCCUUUAUCCAGUUGUUGAACCUUGUGAUCUACGAGGAUUCGAGGUCCUCUCCAUAUUCCAUCCUACUGAUGAAGUUAUUAAUUCUGUGGUCCUUGCACGUAAAUUUCCAAUGACUAAACACUCUGUUGAGCACCGUCAUGGCCCAACAAAACUUCCCAACAAGUUUUUUGACAUUGAAAUGUUCAAUCCCCUCAACCAUGUGAACCUGAUGGAGGAACUUGAUAUUGAGGAGCAACUCUCCUGAUUGUCCCUUUAACUCUCACCACGUUGUUCUUCUAUCAAGCUCAAUAACACCCUAAUUGGAUCCUUAAUUUGAUUUGCUUUCGCUAUGUUUCUACUUGUCUAACAAGUUAUCUACUAGCAACAUGUAUCGGUUCUCUGUCCUUGCAUCUUAAGUUUUAAUAAAUUAGGAUAUCCGGUUCAGCCUGAUCAGGUUCAAGAAAUGUUAUCAAGAUGAAGCAUAUUUCUUGAUUGAUUUUUUUGUGCUUUGAUUGCCGUGAUAUACAGGAUAUGUACCUAUAAGCAUGCAAGCAAGUAAUUUUGUUCACCUUCAUCCUAAGGUCUUACUGUAUCAUUAAUUUCUUCAGCUGAAAGGAAGAAAAAUGUUUGUGAGAAUUCUACUUAUGCUUGCGUAUAUACAAUGGUUACCUGCACAAUUUAUCUAUUGACUUC